AUGGAGGCUUGCUCCCAAUACGUGAGCCGGAAGGCGGCAAGCGCUCAAAAACAUCUCACAAGUAUCGACGCAUGGAAGUUAGAGAAAACCCCCAGCGCCUUUACGCCCGAGGGUCAGGCAUCCAAUUAUGACAUGGAACCUGUGCCGAGAGAACUCUGGACAUGGUCGACGUCGACUUUCAUCGCAUACUGGAUGUCAGAUCUCUUGGGUGUGACCGGCUGGACCACAGUGUCUUCGUUCAUGGUACUUGGUCUGAAUUGGUGGGAAUCCGUCCUCGCCGUUUUUGUCGGCGGUGUUGCUCUCGGUGUUGUUCUGUCGGUCAACGCGCUCAUCGGUGCACGUCUUCACACGCCGUUCGCCAUCACUGCCCGUUCGGUCUACGGAUAUUACUUCAGCUAUUUCCCCGUCGUCUCCCGCAUGAUCAUUGGAUGGUUUUGGUUUUCAAUCAAUACGUAUCAAGGGGGCCUAGGAGUUGGACAGCUCAUUCAGGCCAUCUGGCCUUCCUACGCGAGACUUCCAAACCACCUUUCACCCAGCUCCGGAUUGACGUCCUACUCCUUUCUCAACUUCUUCCUAUUCUGGGUGGUUCAGUUGCCUUUCAUCUUCAUUCACCCGUCUCGACUACGGCCGCUCUUUUUGGCGAAGAAUAUUGCUGUACCUAUAACCGCCAUUGCCACCAUGGCUUGGGCGGUACAUCGUGCAGGUGGCCAAGCCAGUGAGAUCCUGGCAGCCAAACCCACCAUGUCUGGCUUGCCCAUGUGGUUUGCAUUCAUGAGCGCUGUGACCUCGUCAAUGGGCUCCUUGUCAACAAUGGCUUGCAAUAUUGGUGAUUUCUCGAGAUACAGCAAAAAGCCGGCUGGCGCCUAUUUACAGAUCGUCAUAAUGCCCGUCACUUGGAGCUUGAUCUCAGUGAUUGGCGCCAUUGGUUCUCAAUGCACCUCGGUCAUGUAUGGUCAAAUCCUAUGGCAACCUUUCGACAUCAUCGCCAAAUGGCAGAGCAGUCCGGGAGGUCGAGCAGCCGCCUUCUUCGCCUCGAUCGCGUGGAUUAUCGGCAACAUUGGGUCAAAUAUUACGGCCAACUCCAUCUCCGCUGCUAAUGACCUGACGACGCUUUUCCCGAAAUAUAUCAACAUCUACCGUGGCCAGUGGGUGGCUGCCACCAUCGGAGUAUUUGGAUUUGCUCCCUGGAAAGUGCUCGAAAGUGCAAGCAAUCUACUAUCAUUCAUGAACUCGUACUCGAUCAUUCUCGCACCAAUGGCCGCAAUCCUUAGCGCAGAUUACGUCUUUGUCAAGAAAUCCAAGAUCGACGUCCCGGAGCUGUACAAUAGAGCCCGUGGCAUUUACCGUUUCAAAGGGGGCUUUAACUGGAGAGCUGCAGUGGCCCUUGUCUGUGCCAUUGGGCCCAACAUGCCCGGCAUGGUCAACGCAAUCAACCCGGCUGUCAAGAUCGGAGGUGCCAAGUAUGUCUACGCCAUUGCCGACAUCUUUGGCAUGACCGUCGGCGCCAGUGUGCAUGUGGCACUUUCCAAAAUGUUCCCUGAUAAACGCUCAGUCAUCGAUUACAACCUCACAGCUGAAGCUGCUCUAUUGCAACACGGCGCCGCAACGGAACUUGAUAAGGACCUGGAUGGCGAUCUUGAAUUCUCCCUGGAGGCCGAAAAGGGACUGUCAGAGAAGGAUAAAAUGCACGAUGCCGAGUCAUUUACGUCUGCAGCCUAA